GGCGGUGAGUGAGAGAGCUUGCCCCGGGCCUCGGGCGCCAGAAUCUUUGCCUUCGCGCGUCGGUGUGCGCCGCCCAGGGGCGAGUACGGCCCCGGGGCCAUGGACGAGCUUCAAGCGGCGCGGGCAGCCGUGCUCUCGUUCCGAGACGACCGCGACCCCGCCUAUGAUGCAGCCGUGCUUCGCUUGCUCAGGGCCGAGGCGGCAGCGGGCGAGGCAUUCCGAGGCUGCACCGGCUCCUGGUCUCGAACCACAGUCCCAAAUGUGCGCUUUGCGCACCGUCUCCUCACUGGGGUGGCGAGAGACCACCAGGAUCCAACGCGCUGCCGCAGCGAGCGGCACGGUGACGAGCGGCGUGUUGAGCGGAAGCGCGGCAGAGAGGGCAGCAGAGAGGACCGGCGGCGGCAGCGGCACCGCCACAGCGGCAGCCACAGCGGAGAGAGCAGCGAGCGCGGCAGCGACGGGGACAGGACGCGAGGGCGUGAGCGCCGGCAUCGCCGCAGGCGAAGAGAGGGGGACCAGAGCCAUGGGAGGGCUCCGGCAAAGCGAGCUGCGGCGGCGCCGGCCGUAGCAAAGGCGGCUGCGGCGCCGACGACGUGGGCUGUAAAGGGGCUGCGCGUCCGGCGUGGAGAUGCGACGGCGGUGGUGGUGGCGGCGCGAGAGGCGAACGCGCUCUGCGUGCGGCGCGACGGCGCGGGCGGCGUGGAGACGUGCCGCGAAGACGAGCUGCAGCCGUCGCUGCCUUCGGUGGGUUGUGAGGUCAUGAUCGUUCGAGGCGGUCAUCGUGGCGAAGUUGGGACCCUGAUCGAGGUGUCAGGGGGCGAUGUACUCGUGCGGCUCGUGGAGAAGGGGGAUCAGACGCGAGUGAGGAGUGGCGACGUUUGCGAGUGGACGAUUCGUCGCGAAAACUUUGGCGUCCCGGCAGGAGAUGAGUUUGGCGGCUUUGGAGCUCCGGGCUACGCCACCGCCGUCUCGCGCUUUGCAGAGGCUUCCCGCCUCGAGUGCUUCAUGGAGGAGCGUUGGGGGCUGAUGCACGAUGGGUGGUGAAGCGCUAAUUAAGCGCCGCGCGCGCCGCCGCGACCCGCAGUGCCUGAGUCAGGCGUGGUGCGGAAGGUGCGGCAGCGGCGGGUGGCGGGCGAAGAGGGCGGCGAGGGCGGCGGCGGCGGCGGGAAGAAGAAGAAGAAGAAGAGGGCCACAAUCUGCGAGCUCAACGGCUGGCAGUGGGAGGGCAGGAAGCGGGUCGAGGUGUCGUACUGUUUGAUCCUCUGGAAGGGGUACCCGCCUGAGUUGGCGACUUGGGAGCUGGAGUCACUUUUCGACGCAUACGAGGCGGAGCUCGAUGCGGCGGCUCCUGAGCUCGGAGCACGGAGGAGGCGGAGGAGGACGAGAGGAGGGCGAGCGGAGGAGUGAGGAGCGCGGGCCUAGCGGGCGUUCUCUGCCCCCGUCGCGUGUUAUGCGCUCUUAUGAGACGAUGACCGGUGAGGUGUGACCUA